AAUCCCCCUCCUUUUCACAUUGGGAUUCUCAGCAGCAUCUGCGCACACCUGGAAAUCAAAGGAAAGGAAGGAGCAUAUUUUCUUUAUCCCGAAUAUCAGCAAUUUGUACUUCAAAUCCUGGGAGAUCCAAAUAAUCCGCAAUAGUUCCAAGAGACGUCCGUUGCUAAUUUGGGGCCAUCCUUUGGAGAGAGGGAGAGAGAAAAUCCCAAGACCUUAAAAUUCAUUGAGGUUCUGAUGGAUUCUAAAUGACAUUGUAGAAUUCAUACAGAUAUAAUCUGUAAUUAAUAUUCUGUUUGCUUACAAAUAAGACAUCGUGAACAGUAUUUUGGUGUGUUCACUUGGGGUACACUUUAUUUUGGGGUACGCUUAGUGGCCCACCAGUCUUUAAAUGCUUCAGAGUCCAUUUAGGACACAGUGAUUUUUUUUUAUCCACACACCCCUCCUCCAAGGGAAAAGUUUCAGUGAAUGCUCAGUUCUUCCUGCAUGUGAGAAAGGUUGCACAUAACACAAGACUGUGUUUGUAAUUGACGUGAGAGUGUAGGUCCCAACUGAGGAGAAGCCUGAGGAACAUUGGCCCAAGAGACAAAAUGGCUGCCGAACAGGGAAUUCUGUCAAAAUUUGGUGUCCAUUUUCAGACAGAUGUAGAACAUUGGAGGCCUCCCAGGAUGAAAAUGGAGGAUGAAGAGCCUGAAGGCUCUAAAGAAGUGGAGGAAUUCGUAGGGAGAAAGAAAGCUCCUCUGGUCAUCCAGGCAGGGAGCAUCAAAGAAUUCCUGCAAAGAAGACCGGCUCAACAACUUAAAAAGGAAUCAACUGAGGCACUCUUACAGCACUGGGAAACCCAGUGGCAAGAGUUUCUGAAAACAGUGGAGUCCCCUCACUCAAACUGGGGAAUCCCACAGUUGCUGAUGGAGCCCACCCCAUGGGAUGAUACUAAGGCCUUUCUGGCCUCCUUUGAGCAAGUGGCCAGAGCCUGCCAGUGGCCUAAAGAAGUGUGGGCAAUCCGACUCCUGCCGGCCCUCAGUGGAGAAGCUGAACAGGCUGUUAGCAGGCUGGAUCCUAGAGACAGGGAAGAUUAUGGAAAGGUGAAGGCCACCAUUUUGCAGUGGGAUGCCAUAAACAGGGAAAGGAAGCGCCAGCAGUUCAGAUGCUUCUGCUACCAGGAGGCUGAGGGGCCGAGGGCCGUUUACAGCCAGCUCCGUGAACUUUGCCAUGGGUGGCUGAAGGCUGAGAAGCAAACCAAGGAGCAGAUCUUAGAACUGCUGAUCCUGGAGCAGUUCCUGACGGUCCUGCCACCGGAAAUGCAGAGCUGGGUCAGGGAAAGUGGCCCCGAGACCUGUUCCCAGGCAGUGGCCCUGGCAGAAGGAUAUUUACUGAGUCGGCAAGUGGCUGAGAGGAAAGAACAGAUGCCGGCAUCAUUUGAAGAAAAGCCUGGGACGUUCUGUGAGGCAAAGCAGCUGCUGUCGGAUCUCACACCACGGCAGGUGUCCAGGGAGGGUGACAGUGGAGACGUGAGACCUCUGGGUGAAGGAUUGAUCAGUACCAGCAAGGAGGAGAAGUGUCAGCCGAAAGAUUCUGAUCCAGAGGAACCUAUCGUGAUUUCAGAAUGGAGGGCUGAGCAGAGCCUUACCCAGUGUCCUAAGAAGGAAGGAGAGCCUCCGACUCUGAGUCAGCACGGCCCCAAGAAACAGCAAAGAAAUCAUCCCGGAGAGGGAGGGAGGAAACCCAUUCCCUUUCAAGGUCACCAGCCCCUCAGUAAGGCAUUCGUGCAACAGCAGAGCUAUGUGAGGAAGGGAGAGGACACCUGCAGCAUUAUUGUCCAAGGUUUUGCCCAGAGACCUCCCUUUGUGGGCUGCCCAGACUGCGGGAAAGGCUUCAUCGACAACGCGACCCUGGCACGGCACCGGAGAAUUCACACCGGAGAGAAGCCUUACCGGUGCUUGGAAUGUGGGAAGAGCUUUAGCCAGAAUGCCACUCUGAAGACCCAUCAGAAAAGUCACAUGGGGGCAAAAGCAUUCCAGAGCUCAUUGCUUCAUAAAAACCAGAGGAUCCAUAUGGGGAACAACCCUCCCACUGGCUCAGCCAGCGGGGUCACCUUCGGUGCCAGCCCCAGCCUCAUCGGACGCCGGAAGACUCAUACAGGACCAAAGCUGUUUGAAUGCUCGAACUGUGGGAAAGGGUUCAGCCGGAUCGCACACCUCAUUUCGCAUGAGAGAAUCCACACGGGAGUGAAGCCCUUUGAGUGCUCAGACUGUGGGAAAAGUUUCAGCGACAAAUCAAACUUCAAUAGGCAUUACAGGCUCCAUAUGAGAGAUAAACAGUCUAAUGAGACAUCCAGAGAGAUUGUGAGGCAGUGCUUCCCUGUGCAUUGUGAGAAAGGUAAAAUGGCCGGUGAGAGGCCAUCCUCCCUGGAAUUCCCACCCCAGACUUCAGGGCUGCAGUAUCGGGUGAAGCAGGAACCAGACGAGGGGAUGCCCCACUGUUGGGGGUCACAGGAGGGCCUGAAGGCAGUGCCGGUUCUUAGUGCCAGAUAUGAAGGCCCCCAAGCAUCCUUGUGGGGUGAUGCUGAUGUCCCCUUUGAAGGCUCCAUUGCUGAGAGCCAGAGGCUCGGAAGGCAGCAGGUGACGGUAUGCUUGCAAGACGAUAAAGGAGCUAGCCAACAGAUGGAGGGAGUAGCCUGUCGGGAGCUCAGAGACAGAGGAGAAUGCAAGCUGGUGAAGGAAGAGAUCAUCUGGGAGGAGGUCCUCGAGACGCAGCGUCAACAUUUCAGGGGCUUCCGCUACCAUGAGGCUGAGGGACCACGGGCAGUUUGCAACCGACUUCGGGAACUUUGCCAGCAAUGGCUGCAGCCGGAGAGGAACACCCCGGAGCAGAUCCUGGAGCUGCUGAUUUUGGAACAGUUCUUGGCCAUCCUGCCAUCUGAAAUGCAGAGCUGGAUUAGAGAAUGCAUCCCAGGGUCCUGCUCUCAGGCGGUUGCCCUGGCAGAGGAUUUCCUACUGAGGCAGCAGAAGAAUGAAAGUCCGGAAAAACAGGCGCAGACUGAGCAGAUUCUCCCUGACGCAGACCAGGCUUUGUUGGAUAUCAAGCUGGAACCGCUUGGCAGGGAGUCCCAGCAGGAGGGUGAUGGAGUUGCCGACUCUGUGGGUAGUAGACUAGCAUGGGAGACUGAGGAAGAGAAGAAACCAAAUCUGGAAGUUUCAGAACAAAUGGGACCGAGUCGGAUGAAUGUGGAAAGACUUCCUUGGUGUCCAGUGAACGGAAGGAUGUUUGCAAAUCAGCAGAACGCAGAAAGUGAACUGAGAAAUGCUUCAGAAAAACAAGAGGGUAAUUUUGUCCCUUGUUGGGGAGCUGCCAAGGAAUUUGGUGAUGCAAAAAAGGGGGGACUCCUGAAGAGUGAGCUUCAGAAUUCAUAUGUGAUGGGCAAGAAGAGUAUCCCUCAGACAAUAGAUCCUGUUGCGCACAAGAGAAUCCACACAGGUGAGAAGCCAUAUCAGUGCUUGGAGUGCGGGAAGAUGUUUAGUUUGAGAUCCAGGCUUGUGGCACAUCAGAGGAGACACACAGGGGAGAAGCCAUACCCCUGUUCACACUGCGGGAAAAGUUUUGGAGUGAGCUCAGACCUCACCAGGCACUUUCGAAUCCACACAGGGGAGAAGCUGUACAAAUGCUUGGAGUGUGGGAAGUCCUUCCGGCAGAGUUCGUCCUUCACCGGCCACUUAAGGACUCAUAUUCAUGAGAAGCCUCUUACCUGUUUGUGGUGUGGGAAGAAUUUUGGUAAGCGUGCAGAGCUUGUCAAGCAUGAAAAGUCCCAUGUGGGAGAGAAGCUUCAUAAAUGCUCUGAUUGUGGGCGAAGCUUCUGCCACAGUUCUCAGCUCAUGGCCCACAAGAGAAUCCACACAAGCGAGAAACCAUAUAAAUGCCUUGACUGUGGAAAAAUCUUCAGCAUAAGCUCGCUCCUGAAUGGACAUCAGAGGAAGCAUUCUGGCAAGAAGCCAUAUAAAUGCUUGGAUUGCGGGAAAGCUUUCAGUGGGAAAUCCCACCUGAACAGACACCAGAGAAUCCACACUGGGGAGAAGCCAUUCAAAUGCUUGGCGUGUGGGAAACGCUUCUGUAUGAGCUCGGACCUUAUUGCGCAUGAGAGAAUCCACACGGGGCACAAACCCUACGAGUGUUUGGACUGUGGGAAGACCUUUAGUCAGAAGCAGCAUUUGACGAGCCACCAGAGGACCCACACAGGAGAGAAGCCCUACAUUUGUUCACACUGUGGCAAAGGCUUCAGUGUGAGCUCCAACCUCAACACACAUGAGCGAACCCACACAGGAGUGAGGCCUUUUAAAUGUUCUGACUGUGGGAAAACUUUCAGUCAGAAGUCACACCUCAUUAGCCAUCAGAGAAUCCACACUGGUGAAAAGCCCUAUUUGUGCAGGGACUGUGGGAAAAGUUUUGGUUCAAGCUCCAACCUUAUGGUCCACGUUAGAAGCCACUGUGGAGAGAAAACUUAAGAGUGUUUUGGGGGGAAGGAGAAUUUUCACUGCAUUCGUAGUUACAUGCCAAAAUUUGAAUGUACAUCCUCAUAAGUAGAAUCAUUUUUAACUCCCCCCACUCAAUAUUUCUAUUUAUGGUUGCUCAAAGAUGUAGGCAUUUUUAGAGGGUGAGCUGGGAGAGAAACCAGAUAUAAAAGUAUUAUGUUCAGUAAACUGGUACUUAACUGAUGUGGAUGAAUGUAAGAAAAUAAAGGUUUAAGAGUA